AUGGGCACCGGCAAAAGGAGCUCGUAUGAGUUCAAUGAGGAGGAGGACGCCCACGAGGAGAUUGACAAGGCCGGCAAGGCGCUGCUGUCGCCGCCAAAGGGCAAGGACGCCCUGCUGCGGCUGCUCAAGGGCGCGGGGGACAGCCUCGCCGAGGCUGCUCAGAGCUCCGAGAGCGCCAAGCUCGCUGCCCACAACCUAGCAAAGGGCCUGGGCCGCCCCGAAUUUCUGCGCCACAAGGACAAGGAGGUGCGCCUCUACACGGCGCUCUGCCUCUGCCACAUCCUGCGGCUGAACGCGCCAGACACGCCCUACACAGACGACCAGCUGCAGGGCAUUUUCGAGCUGCUGACGCGCACGUAUGGGGAGCUGGAGGAUCCCGCCUCGCCCCACUUCCAGCUCUGCCUCUCCAUCCUGGAGACCGUCAGCCAGGUCAAGUGCUCGCUGCUCAUCUUGGACCUGCCCAAUGCCGAAGAGCUGGUGUGCAACCUGUUUGCCACGCUGCUGGACGCGGUCAACGAGGAGAAUGCGGGGGUGCUGGAGGGCACGGUGCUGGAGCUGCUGCGCAGCAUGGUGGAGGAGGCCGACGACCUGCCCCAGCAGCAGCUGGACAUCCUGCUGGGCCGCCUGCUGCCGCGCGCCGCGGCCGAGGCGCCUGCGGCGGCGGCGCUGGUGGCCGCGCUGCUGCAGCGGUGCGAGACCACGGUGCAGCCCUACCUGCAGAAGUUCCUCAAGGCGCUGCUGACCGGCGUGCGCACCGACAGCGAGCUCAAGGACGAUGCUUAUGAGCUGUUCUACGCGGUGCACGAGACGGUGCCGCAGGCGCUGCUGCCGCUGGAGCCGCAGCUGCGCGAGGAGCUGGAGGGGGAGGGGGACGGCUCCAAGCGGCGGGCGGCGGUGGAGCUGGUGGCCAAGCUGCUGACUCAGCACCCCGGCGGCGCCUCCAAGAUCCUGGAUGAGUAUGAGCCGCUGCUCAAGGCGCUGCUGGGGCGCGCCAACGACGUGGAGGCUGAGGUGCGGCGCAAGGCGACCGAGUGCAUUGCGCCGCUGAUGGAGGCGUGCGGGGGCCACGAGGAGCGACAGCUGGAGGUGCUGCGCACGGUGACGGAGAAGCUGUUUGACCAAGACGAGGGCGUGCGCAAGGCGGCGGUGGCCGCCGUGUGCGCCGUGCUGCAGCAGCACCCGCGCCUGGCCAUCAGCACCGCCACCAACGGCCGCGGCCGCCUGCUGCACUGCCUGUCGCUGCGCCUGCGCGACAAGAAGGUCGCCGUGCGGCGGGAGGUGGCCAGCCAGAUGGCGGCGCUGGUGCGCACCUGGGCGCUGGCGGCGGCAGAGGGUGGCUCUGGCGGCGGCGGCGGCUCUACCGCUGGCGGCGGCGCCUCGCCCGAGACCCAGACCAUGCUGGCCAUCCCCGUGGUCCUCUGCAACUGCGGGGUGCGGGACCCGGAGCUACGUGGCCACAUCUUUGACACCGUGUUCAGGGCCGGCAUCUUCCCCGCCAAGCUGGCGCCCGCUGACGUGGCGCGCUACUGGGCGCAGCUCUGGUUCCAAGCAGGCGACGAGAACCGGCAGAUGCUGGCGCAGGUGCUGAAUGGCAAGGUGGCCAUCCAGGCGCAGGUGCAGCACUUCCUGGCGCUGCGGGCGGCCGCCAAGGAGCAGCGCGCGUCCAGCCUCAUGGGCGCAGCCGGCUCGAUGGGCGGCGGUGCGGCUUUGGGCUCGACUCGCGGCGGCGGCGGCGCGGGUGGCCGGCGGAUGGCCAACCCGGAGGCCCAGCUGCAGAGCUGCAUGGCGGAGCUGGUGGGGGCGCUGUGGGGUGCCAGCAAGCCGGAGGAAGGCCUCCAGAAGCUGGCUGAGGCCAAGGACAACCACAUCUUCCGGGGGCUGGCCACCCUGGCCGUACACGGCUGCACGUACAAGGACGCGGUGGCGGCCGGCAAGGAAGUGCUGCAGCGAGUUGGGUCCAAGGGGCCCGCUGCCGACCUGGUGCGUGUGCUGGUGGCCCGCCUCACCCCCAACCUGCUGUCGCCAGAGGUGCUGCACGCGGCGAUGGAGGAGGCGGAGCAGAGCGAAGAUGUCCAGCGCUUCCUUGUGGCGGUGUCGGCGGCGGCGCCGCGCCUGCUGGCUCAGAGCCUGGACCAGGUGCUGGAGAUGUUUGAGUCGGACGACCCCGCGGUGGCAGAGUGUGGGGCCAAGGUGCUGGCGCACACUGGCAAGGGCAUGCUGGCGCACUGCCAGAGGGCCAAGCGGGGGGUGCCGCAGUCGCUGCUGGCUCGGCUCAAGGCCAUGUGCACAGAGGGCGGCCCCGCAGCGGUCAAGGCGGCGGCCAAGGCGCUGGUGGUGCUGGCGGGGCAGGACAAGGCGGCUGAGGCGCCCGCCACGCUCGCCUCCCACGGCUCCCUGCUGGCCGCGCUCAAGGGCCUGUCGGUGGUGGGCCGCCUGCUGCCAGAGGUGUUUGAGCCGAGGGCGGGCGAGGUGCUGGACUUUGUGGUGGGAGACCUGCUGGAGGCAGACAUGAGCGGGGGCAAGCCGCUCCCCGGCGUGGAGGCGCGGCCCGCAGUGGCGGCUGGGCGCCUGUGGCGCCGCCCCUCCGCCGUGACCGCCUCCAAGACCGCCGCGCUGCGCACGCUGUGCCAGGCCCUGGUGCCGGACAGCUCCAAGGCAGACAUCACUCAGGCGAUGUCGGAGCGCGCCGCUGUGGUGUGGGAGCUGCUGGAGCCGCUGCUGGACUCGGACGAGGGGGAGCCGCAGUUCAAGCCCUUCAGCCUUGUCUUCCCCAGGACCAGCGACCCCGAGCACGCAGAGCUGCAGCGCGAGACGCGGCGGGCCAAGCGGCGGCGCGUGGAGGGUGGCAGCGAGGAGGAUGAGGAGCAGGAGGAGGAUGAGGAGCUGGAUUGCAUGGACGCGGCGUGGGUGCGGUACUCUGCGGUGUGUGGCCUGCUGCGCCUCGCGCGGGCCUAUGACGCAGCCAUGCCGGCGCCGCUGUACGCCAACCUGGCGCUCACCUUCCAGGAGCCCCUCAUGGAGCCCCGCCGCGCCAUGACAGCCAAGCUGCAGCGCACCGUGACGCUGCUGGCGGGGAGGCCGCAGACCUUCUGCGCGCAGCGUGCUGCCAAGUAUGCUGCGGUGCUGGCCCUGUUUGCGGUGGACCCCGAGGAGCACAACCGCGCCUACGCGAUGCGCACGCUGCGCGACUUUGUGCUGCAGCGCAGGCGCGCGGUGGCGCGCGCGGCCGCCAUCACCGCGGCCGGCGGCGGCGGCGGCGGCGCCCUGCUGCACGACAUGCCGGAGUUCAUGCUGGCCUACCUGCUCUUCCUGCUGGCGCACCACCCAGACUACCCCACGCAGGAGCGCCUGGAUGAGUACAGCCAGGCCAGCCAGGAGGAGCGGGAGGAGAUGUACGGGGAGGGUGGGCCCUUUGCACCCUUCAUGGGCAUGCUGCAGUUUGCCCUGGAGGCGCUGGCGGUGCCCGCGGAGCAGCCCACCAGCGCUGGAGAGGUGGCGCGCGGGCUGCCGCCCGCCCUCAAGCUGCUGCGCACGCUAAAGUUUUGUGAGGACACGUCUGUUGAGCCGCGCACGCAGGAGGUGCACCAGCUGUGUGACCUGGGCCUGAUGCUGCUGAAGCAGAUCAGCAUGCGGCUGACCAAGGGCAAGCCUGCCGAGCCGGGGCACUUCCCGGCGCAGGUGGUGCUCCCCAAGCUGAUCUUCAGGCCCAACCUGCAGCAGCCCAAGCGCAUGGACGGCAGCCACCUGCCCCCAGACCGCUACUUCUCUCCGGGCCUGUAUGAGGAUGACUUGUUCAUGCGCAGGCUGCUCAUGCCGCAGCUGCCGGGCCCCGCCAAGGGCCGCAAGCCGCGCCCCAAGCCAGGGUCGCAGCGGCGCAAGGCGGCCAAGGCGGCAGAUGGGAACGAGGAGAUGGCGGAGGCGGGCGAGGAGGAGUCUGUGGGCGGCACCCCGCACCACCAGUCGGACGCAUCGGAUGGGGAGGAGGAGCGGCAGCAGCCUGCGGGCAGCAGCGGGCGGCGCGGCAAGCAGAAAGUGGCGGCGGGAGGCGAGCGCGGCAGGCGUGGCCAGGAUGACAGCGAGGGCGAGAGCGCUGGCGGCGGCGCAGCGGGAGAUGAGGAGGCAGCGCCAGCGCCAAAGGCAAAAAAGAGGGCGACAGCAGCAGGUGUCAAGAAGCGUGGCGCCGCAGCCCAGGCGGCCGCCCCGACUCCCACCCGUCAGCAGCCAAGGAGGGGGGCAAAGGGCGAGACUGCCGGCAAGCUCAAGGAUGCAUCUGAUGUGGAGGAGGACCCAGAUGACGGGUGGGAGGAAGACAGCAGCCAGGAGCGGGAGGCUGCUCCCCGCGGCGGACGUGCAGCGCCAGCAGCAGCGCCAGCGCCGGCAGCCAAGGCCAAAGAGGAGGAGGAGGAGGGUGAUGCGAUGGCCCUGAGCGACUUUGAGAAUGCCUCGCUGGGCAGCCCAGAGGCCACGCCCGGCAAGUCGCGGCGGAAGCAGGUGACGGCCGUGGCGGCCGCGGUGGUGGUCAAGGCAGCUGCCAUCGGCCUCAGAGCAGACACGGCCGAUGAGGAGGUCUCCCAGCCGCCGCAGGAGCAGCAGCAGCCUCGACAGCCGCGCCGCAAGCAGCAGCAGCAGCAGCAGCAGCCUGAGGGUGUCCAGUCUCCAGGGCAGGAGAACCGCGCCGCCACAAACGGCGCGCAAGGCGGCGGCAGCAAGGCCAGGGGCAAGGCAGCGCCGGCAGCCAAGCCCGCGGCCAAGAGCAAGGCCGGAGGGGCCAGGCCGCAGCUCAAGCGUGCGCGGGCGUGA